AUGUGGCGAGUGGGAGGUGGGCGAAAUAUAAAUAUAUGGAGUGACCCUUGGGUGGGAGAUGAGAGAGGGCGGUUCAUUUUAAGCAAUAGAGUUGAAGGGUUGAAUACAGUGAGUGAUUUAAUUGAUGAUACUACCAAAGAAUGGAAGUUUGAAGCCAUAGAGAGACAUUUUGGAGAGAGAGACCAAAAGUGCAUAUUAUCAAUUCCAUUGAGUUCAAGAGAGACGGAAGAUGUGUUAACAUGGGCUUACUCGAAGGAUGGUCUUUAUUCUGUAAAGACAACAUACAUGAUUGGGAAAGGGGGGAAUUUAGAAGAUUUCCAUCAAGCAUGGGUGGUCUUAUGGGGGCUGGAUGUCUCGCCUAAAGUUCGACAUUUCUUGUGGCGCUAUUGCACCUCGUCGUUGCCUACUCGAGCGACUCUCAUGGCUCGACAUUUACUUGAAGAGGGUGGGUGUUCGUGGUGCCCUUCGGAGCUUGAAACCUCGCACCAUGCUAUAUUUGCGUGCGCACGAAUCCGAAGAUUGUGGGUGGAUCAUGGGUGUGAGGCUAUGGUGGGUGAUGGUCGUGUGGAGGGUGGGUGUGAAAUGUUGGAGCGGUGGAAGUCGUUGGAUAAGAAGAUUGUUCAGAAGGGAUGUUUUUUGGCAUGGAAUAUAUGGGCUGAGCGUAACAGGUUUGUUUUUGAAAAUAUUUGUCAACCGCUACCUAUUAUUAGUCAGCGGGUGUGCCGACAGGUAGACGAUCACAACGAGUACACUACUCGGAUCUAUGGUCAGCCGGCUUGUGUGAGGCCUGUGAGUAGCAGCCAUUGGUGUGCGCCUCCGGAGGGAGUUAUCAAGCUUAAUACCGAUGCCCACAUUGAAGCAAAUGGGUGGGUUAGCGUGGCAACGGUGGCUCGAAAUACAUGUGGGCAGGUGUUAUUUGCGGCAGUGAGACGACAACGAGCCUAUUGGCCUCCCGAUAUUGCGGAGUGCAAGGCUAUAUUAUUUGCGGUUCGCAUGGCAAAAGCUCGUGGACUACCAAAUGUGAUGGUGGAAUCAGAUGCACUUGUGGUUAUUUCAAGGCUCUCUAAGGCCGCUUUGUUUUAUUUUGAUUUAGAUGCUAUUAUGGGAGAUGUAUUUUCUUUGAGUGUGUGUUUUAAUGCUAUUAGUUUUAAUCAUGUUAAAAGGGAUGGGAAUGCUGUUGCUCAUCACCUUGCUAGAGUUGUGCCGUUUGGUUUGGAGCAGUGUUGGGAGAACCAUUGUCCUAGGGAAGUAACUCCUUAUAUAUUGAUGGACACUUUGUCCCUUGAUUAA